CUGGCACGCCCGCAGCGAGCUGCCUUUGCUAUGCCUCUAGUCGAGCUCUGUGUCGGAGCGAGACUUGCCCCACACGCCUGUUCCUAUUGGAGCAAACCUCUCCUGCUCCGCCGGCCUGAUCCCCGCAGGGGCGGGGCCUCGCAAAGUUUUCAUUGAGGUGGAGAAGUGUGGGCAAAGAGCACUGCUGCAGCUGUGUCUGAGCGUCGGUGAGGGGCAGCAAGGCAGACAGCAGGCGCAGCAGGAACGGGAGAGGCGGUCUACUUCCCCCUCUGCCACCUACAGCGCUCUGGCCGCCGCACCAGCGGAGGGGAGCAUGCAAGUCGUUUUAGGAGGAUGCAAAAUGCCAGCAACCUAGCAGCUUGGGAUGAUUUUGCUCAGUGUACCACAAGCUGGGUCCUACGGGCCAGAAGCUGGAAGAAAGUGGCUGGAGUCCUCAGUGUGUCUGGGAAUCGGUGAAUCGUGACUCACACCACUCCUCGGAUAUAUAAACAGAGAGCGAGCGAGAGAGAGGGAGAGCAAAGCCUUUGGUAUAUAACAGAACCGAUCGAGUGCGAUUUAAUUUUAAAAUGCUGGUUCUCCUUUCUUGAUGUGGGGCACAACAAAAUGGUUCUCUAGUAAGAAAAAGAAAAAAUAUCUCCUCCAAGAAACCGUGCGUCUUGCAACUGAAGUCACCAGAAAUCCAGCUGCUUCGGGAUUUAAUGGGCUCUUCCAAAGAUGUUAAGGGACUUGUGAGAAAAUCCGGUGAAAGACAAUGCUAAAGUGCAUUAGCGCUGUGCAAGGGUGGACCUAAAAGUUAUGAAGUGGUACCUGUCGUAACAACAAGCAAAUAUUGUUCUCGUUUAUUUAAUCAAGACUCGAACUAGUCAGAACUUCAAGCAAUGGCAACAGAAGUGGUGUGUGGAUUGAUCUUCAGAUUGCUACUUCCAAUAUGUCUAGUAGCUGCAUGUGUGUUCCGUUACAAUGGGCUCUCUUUUGUCUACCUCGUCUACCUCUUGCUCAUUCCUCUAUUUUCAGAACCCACAAAAACAACCAUGCAAGGACAUACAGGACGGUUAUUAAAAUCCUUGUGUUUCAUCAGUCUAUCAUUCCUGCUACUGCACAUCAUCUUCCAAAUCACAAUAAACAGCCUUGAAGCUGGAAACAAUAUUGAACCUGGUUUUAACUGUUCUACAUGGGAGAAAACAUUACGACAGUUCGGUUUUGAAAGUGUGAAGGGAGCCGAUGCUGGCAACGUGAUCAGAGUGUUUGUACCAGAUAUCGGGAUGUUCAUUGCUAGCUUGACCAUAUGGCUUGUCUGCAGAAACCUUGUGCUGAAGCCAGUGACCGAGGAUGCAGCACAGUACAACACACAAUUUGAAAAUGAAGAAAUGGCUGGAAGAGAAAAGUUAGAGCCAGAUGAUGCAUUAAUGUGUGAAGAUUUGGAUGGUGGAGAAAAUAGCGAAGAGGAAUUUGAAGAAACCACAAAAUUAAAACUACUGCGCAGAAUUGCCUCACUGGCUUCCAAAUUGAAAGAGUUUAUUGGAAACAUUAUAACCACCGCUGGAAAAGUUGUUGUUACAAUUUUACUUGGUUCAACAGGCAUGAUGUUGCCAUCUUUGACAUCAGCUGUGUAUUUCUUUGUAUUUUUGGGGCUGUGUACAUGGUGGUCCUGUUGCCUAGCAUUUGAUCCGCUGAUAUUCAGCUGUCUGUGUGUAUUAAUGGCUAUAUACAGUGCGGGGCACUUGAUCGGACUUUAUCUGUACCAGUUACAAUUCUUUCAGGAAGUUGUUCCCCCAAAGGACUACUAUGCAAGGUUAUUUGGUGUCACUUCAGUAAUUCAAACCAAUUGCUCAAGCACCUGGAAGAUCAUAGCAAACCAAGACCUACUCUGGUAUCACCAUGCCAAUCCCAUAUUACUGCUGAUGAUGUACUACACCCUGGCAACUCUUAUUCGCCUUUGGCUACAAGAGCCCGUUAUUGAACAAGACACCAUUUCCCACCCUCACCCAUCACCACCUGAAGAGAUGGAUGAUGACGAGAAAUCUGGUAUCAGUGAAGAAGACAAAGAAACAGACUGCAACCCGACCUCAAGGAGACGAAGUUUGUGGUAUGCAAGCCACUACACAGCUGAUGAGAGAAAACUUCUGUCAAUGACUCAAGAUGAAUACAAGUCAUCUGAUGUCCUGCUCGUAACAGUGAAUGGGACUCCUGUAGAUUAUCACACCAUACACCCCACACUUCACUUGGAGAAUGGCCCUGCCAAAGCUGAUAUGUACUCAACCCCACAGUAUAAAUGGGAGCCAUCAGAUGACAUGUCAGAAAAGAAAGAAGAGGAAGAGGAAGAAGAAGAAGAGGAGGAAGAUAUUCAGGAGAAAAAAGAAAAUGUUAAAAUACAUGCCAUGGUCUCUGUCUUCCAUUUUAUCAUGAAACAAAGUUACAUUUGUGCUCUGAUUGCAAUGAUGGCUUGGAGUAUCACUUAUCACAGUUGGUUGACUUUUGUGUUAUUGAUCUGGUCCUGCACGCUUUGGAUGAUUCGUGACCGAAGGAAAUAUGCUAUGAUCAGUUCACCUUUCAUGGUUGUUUAUGGAAAUUUGCUGUUAACAUUACAAUAUAUAUGGAGUAUUGACCUCAAUAAUGAUGAGCUUCCUAAAGUUUCUGGAUUUUUAGAAAAGAAGGAUCCUGGGGAAUUAGCUUCAAAGGUAAGUGUAGUUUGCUUACAAACAUCUGUAGUUUGUUUAAAGAACAAAGCAAUAUACACUAGGUUAUAUUUUAUAGCCCUCUGCCUGUACAACAAUAUAAAUAGUUUGGUAGAUUCUUCCGCUUUGGUUCUGUUUGCCUUACCAUCUUCAAUGGCUGGUUCCCAGGUGCACUAUGAAUGGUGGAGGCGAAUCCUAAAAUAUUUUUGGAUGUCAGUGGUUGUUUACACUAUGCUGGUGCUUAUCUUCAUCUAUACAUAUCAAUUUGAAUCAUUUCCUGGCUUGUGGAUGAACAUGACAGGGCUAGAUGAAAAAAAACUAGAGGAUCUUGGUUUAAAACAGUUUUCUGUGGCUGAGCUGUUCACACGUAUCUUUAUUCCAACCUCUUUCUUAUUGGUGUGUAUAUUACACCUUCAUUACUUCCAUGACCGUUUCCUCCAACUCACUGACUUAAAGGCUGUAACCAGCAAACAGGACAGCGCUAUUUACAGACUAGUGCACCAAGAUGGAAGUCUGCCUGACAUAACCAUGCUGAAUUUAACUGCCAGCAAUGAAAAGGAAGAGGAUAAAAAUCUGGAAGAGCAUGGUGAUGAAAGAAUGGAAGAAAGAGAUGGGAAGGGAGAGAAAGAUGGGGAUGAAAAAGAGAAGGAGGAGGAGGAGGAGGAAGAGGAAGAUGAGGAAGAGGAUGAUGAUGAUGAAUCUGAUGUAGAAGAAACUUCUGAUUUAAAGAAUAAGUGGCAUCUGGUGAUCGACCGCCUCACGGUGCUAUUCUUGAAAUUCCUGGAAUAUUUUCAUAAACUGCAAGUUUUUGUGUGGUGGCUUUUGGAGCUGCAUAUUAUCAAAAUAGUUUCUUCAUACAUCAUCUGGGUCACAGUGAAAGAGGUGUCUCUGUUUAACUUUGUGUUUUUGAUUGCCUGGGCUCUUGCUUUGCCAUAUGCUCAAUUCCGCCCAUUGGCAUCAAGUGUCUGCACUGUUUGGACAUGUGUGAUUAUCGUCUGCAAAAUGUUAUAUCAGCUCACAUCUAUUGACCCUAGCACCUUUUCCAGUAACUGUACAAUGCCUACAGAAAAUGAAACUGACAUAGGCAGUGAAGAACUGAAGACAUCGCUUCUCUACAGCGCACCCAUCGAUCCUACAGAGUGGGUUGGAUUAAGGAAGUCUUAUCCCCUGCUUGUAUACUUAAGGAAUAACUUACUGAUGCUGGCUAUUCUGGCCUUUGAAGUUACAAUUUAUCGGCAUCAGGAGUACUACAGAUGUCGAAAUAAUCUUACUGCACCUGUGACUAAAACCAUUUUCCAUGACAUUACAAGAUUACAUUUGGAUGAUGGACUUGUAAACUGUGCCAAGUAUUUCAUAAACUACUUCUUCUACAAGUUUGGGUUGGAGACCUGUUUCCUACUGUCAGUUAAUGUAAUUGGUCAACGAAUGGAUUUCUUUGCCAUGAUUCAUGCCUUCUGGUUAAUUGCUGUAUUAUAUCGACGUAGAAGAAAAGCUAUUGCAGAGAUCUGGCCAAAGUACUGCUGUUUUCUGGCAUGCACCAUUAUAUUCCAGUACUUCAUGUGUAUUGGCAUUCCACCUGCUCCUUGUAAAGACUAUCCAUGGAGGAGCCCUAAUGCCAACUUCAACUCCAACAUCAUAAAAUGGUUAUACUUUCCAGACUUCAUUGAAAGACCAAAUCCUAUAUUUCUUGUCUACGAUUUCAUGUUGCUGCUUUGUGCAUCCUUACAAAGACAAAUGUUUGAGGAUGAAAAUAAGGCUGCUGUGCGAAUCAUGGCUGGGGACAAUGUGGAAAUUUGCAUGAACCUUGAUGCAGCAUCAUUUAGCCAGCACAACCCUGUUCCCGAUUUCAUUCACUGCCGAUCCUACUUAGAUAUGUAUAAAGUGAUAAUAUUUAGUUACCUCUUCUGGUUUGUGCUUACUAUCAUCUUCAUCACGGGAACUACAAGAAUCAGCAUAUUUUGUAUGGGUUACUUGGUGGCCUGUUUCUAUUUCCUGCUCUUUGGUGGUGAUCUAUUAUUGAAACCUAUCAGAAGCAUUCUACGUUAUUGGGACUGGCUGAUUGCAUACAACGUCUUUGUGAUUACAAUGAAAAACAUACUGUCGAUAGGAGCAUGUGGCUACAUUGAGUCAUUAAUUCGAAACAGUUGCUGGUUGAUUCAAGCAUUUAGCCUGGCUUGUACGGUUAAAGGAUACCAUCAACCUAAAGAAACUGGAGACUGUAAACUGCCUAGCGGUGAGGCGGGAAUUAUUUGGGACAGUAUAUGCUUUGCUUUCCUGCUGCUGCAAAGAAGAGUCUUCAUGAGCUACUACUUCCUACAUGUGGUUGCUGAUAUAAAAGCUUCACAGAUCCUGGCAUCAAGAGGCGCUGAACUUUUCCAGGCCACAAUUGUCAAGGCAGUAAAGGCAAGAAUUGAAGAAGAGAAAAAAUCAAUGGAUCAAUUGAAGAGACAGAUGGACCGCAUCAAAGCCAGGCAACAAAAAUACAAAAAGGGUAAAGAAAGAAUGCUGAGCAUGACCCAAGAAUCAACAGAAGGGCAAGAAAUUCAAAAGGCCUCUGAAGAAGAUGAUGAAGGAGAAGCAGACAAAGAGAAAACCAAGGGCAAAAAAAAGCUGUGGUGGCGGCCUUGGGUUGAUCAUGCUUCCAUGGUCAGAAGUGGAGAUUAUUAUUUAUUUGAGACGGAUAGUGAAGAAGAAGAGGAGGAUGAAAAAAAAGAUGAUGAAGAACCUCGGAGGAGAUCUGCAUUCCAGAGAGCUAUUGGGAAAUUUGCUUCAGCCAUUUUAGCCUUGCCAAAGUCUAUCAUUAAACUGCCCAAAACUAUUCUUCAGUAUUUAAUCAGAGCAGCAAAGUUUGUGUAUCAGGCCUGGAUUACUGAUCCUAAAACUGCACUUCGACAGAGGCGCAAAGAGAAGAAAAAGUUUGGGAAGGAAGACAAGCGAAGGCGGAAAGGAUCUGGGGAUGGUGCUACUGAUGUAGAACAUGAAGAGAGAGAAGAUGAACCUGUCAAAAAGAAAUCAGAUGGGCCAGAUAAUAUCAUCAAAAGAAUAUUUAAUAUUUUGAAGUUCACCUGGGUCCUUUUCCUGGCAACUCUAGAUAGUUUUACAGCUUGGCUCAAUUCCAUUUCAAGAGAGCACAUUGAUAUCUCUACUGUGCUGAGAAUUGAGAGAUGCAUGCUGACCAGGGAAAUUAAAAAGGGGAAUGUUCCAACUCGUGAGAGCAUCCAUAUGUAUUACCAGAACCAUAUGAUGAAGCUUUCUAGGGAAUCAGGACUGGACACAAUUGAUGAAAAUCCUGGUCAAGAUUCUAGUUUACAGGCAUCUGAGAGGAUGGAUAGUUUAGAUUCAGCUGCUUCUCAUGACAGUAUUUCCAGCUGCUACACUGAAGCAACCAUGCUGUUCUCAAGGCAAUCAACCCUUGAUGAUUUAGAUGGACCAGACACUGUUCCUAAAACAAGUGAGCGCGCUCGACCUAGGCUUCGUAAAAUGUACAGCAUGGAUAUGUCCUCCUCAUCAGCUGACAGUGGCAGUAUAGUGUCAAGUGAACCUACCCAGGUCACCAUGCUGUAUUCUCGUCAGGGCACAACAGAAACCAUUGAAGAAGUAGAAGGGGAGCAUGAAGAAGAAGGGGAAGGUUCUACAUCAAGACGAGAGGAUGAGGUGGAUGAUUAUGGCUUGGAUUCAGAAGGAGCUGCAUACACUCCUGAUACUGACGUGCCAUCAUACUCUGCUGUGGAUGGCAAUGCCGAAGUCCCACCUUCAUACAGCAAAGCUGUCAGCUUUGAACAUCUUUCCUUCAGUUCCCAAGAUGACUGUGCUGGCAAGAACCUCAUGAUGGUGAGCCCAGACGACAGUCAAAUUGACAAGCUAAAUGAUACUAUCCUCCCUCCAUUGACACACGACCUGACUGCCAGUGAGCUGCUUCUAAACAAGAUGUUUCGUGAUGAAGAACUGGAGGAAUCCGAGAAAUUCUACAGUGGUCAGCCUCGACUAUUGCUUCUCGUUUAUGCUCUGUAUAAUACACUGGUGGCCCGGUCAGAAAUGGUGUGUUAUUUUGUGAUUAUCCUUAAUCACAUGAUCUCUGCCUCCAUGAUUACCCUUGUGCUUCCCAUCCUUAUAUUCCUUUGGGCCAUGCUGUCUGUCCCCAGGCCUAGCAAACGCUUCUGGAUGACAGCCAUUGUCUACACUGAGGUGACCAUUGUUAUCAAGUACUUCUUCCAGUUUGGCUUCUUUCCCUGGAAUAAACAUGUGGAUUACACCAAAGAUAAACCGUACCAUCCGCCCAAUAUUAUUGGUAUUGAAAAGAAAGAGGGUUAUGUGCACUAUGACCUUGUUCAGCUCCUUGCUUUAUUCUUCCAUCGAUCCAUUUUAAAGUGCCAUGGGUUAUGGGAUGAAGAUGAUGAAGGUGAAAGCUGCAGUAGUAAAGAGGAAUAUGGCGAUGAGCUCUCACUGACGGCAGACAGGAGAGAUUCUGCUGACUCUUUAAAGUCAGUGAACCUUGCGGCUUCUGUGGAGUCCAUACAUGUCCACUUUCCAGAACAGCAAACUGCCAUCAGGAGAAAAAGUUCCAGCAGUGGGUCACAACUUUCACACAGAUCCAGUUUCUCCUCACAGAGGUCAAAGAGAGGGAGCACCAGUACACGAAACAGCAGUCAGAAAGGAAGCAGUGUAUUAAGCAUUAAGCAAAAAUCUAGAAAAGAGCUUCUUAUGGAAAAGUUUCGAGAACAAAUGAUCAAAGCAAAGGCAUUUACAAUUAAAAAGACUCUUCAAAUAUAUGUGCCCAUCAGACAGUUUUUCUACAAUCUCAUUCACCCGGAAUACAGUGCUGUGACUGAUGUUUAUGUGCUGAUGUUCCUCGCGGAUACUGUGGACUUCAUCAUCAUUGUGUUUGGGUUUUGGGCUUUUGGGAAACAUUCUGCUGCAGCAGAUAUCACCUCUUCAUUAUCAGAGGACCAGGUACCAGAGGCAUUCCUGGUGAUGGUGCUCAUUCAGUUUGGAACAAUGGUGGUAGACCGAGCACUGUACCUCAGAAAGACUGUCAUGGGAAAAGUCAUCUUCCAGGUCAUUCUUGUUUUUGGGAUACACUUUUGGAUGUUCUUUAUCUUGCCUGGAGUAACUGAAAGGAAAUUUAGCCAAAACACAGUUGCCCAGCUCUGGUAUUUUGUGAAAUGUGUUUAUUUUGGGUUAUCAGCAUAUCAGAUACGUUGUGGUUACCCAACCCGUGUUCUUGGCAACUUCCUCACCAAAAGUUACAACUAUGUAAACCUCUUCUUAUUUCAAGGAUUCCGUCUGGUUCCAUUUUUGACUGAGUUGAGAGCAGUAAUGGACUGGGUUUGGACUGAUACCACUCUGAGCCUUUCCAGCUGGAUCUGCGUUGAGGAUAUUUAUGCUCAUAUAUUUAUCUUGAAAUGUUGGCGAGAGUCUGAAAAGAGAUACCCCCAGCCAAGAGGCCAGAAGAAAAAGAAAGUUGUGAAGUAUGGAAUGGGUGGCAUGAUUGUUGUCUUGCUGAUUUGUAUUGUCUGGUUCCCUCUGCUCUUCAUGUCUUUAGUAAAAUCUGUUGCAGGCGUCACCAACAGGCCUCUUGAUGUAUCAAUCACAAUAACCCUAGGAGGUUAUCAGCCUAUUUUUACAAUGAGUGCUCAGCAGAACCAGCUCAAGGAUUUGAAUCAAACUGAGUUUGAUUCAUUUCAAAGAGAAUAUUCGGGUAAUACUGGUGCUUUGCAGUUUCUAGAAAGCUAUGGAAAAGAAGAUAUAACUGUAGCAGAACUAGAAGGGAAUUCAAAUUCAUUGUGGACUAUCAGCCCUCCCAGUAGAAAGAAAAUGAUUCAAGGUCUCCGGGAUUUUUCUGCUGAGUUCACUCUAGUUCUUUCAUGGAGUAUUCAAAGAAACCUCUCUCUCGGUGCAAAAGCAGAAAUAGCAUCGGAUAAGCUUUCCUGUAACCUACUGAACAAAACUAGAGAAAAUAUCGCUACAAUGAUGUCUGGGGAUCACACGGUAAAGAAGGUGAUGCUAGAAAUGAUGUUUCCAUACUAUCUCAAGGCACCUAGUGAUUCUCUGGCAAAACCCAUCAAGCAGCUAUGGAAAGAGGGGAGGAUGGAAAACAUCACUGUUUCGCUUGUCAAAAAUGAGUCUAAAGAUGGGGUUCGUGAAUGGUGGGUUCUCAAUCAGCUUGGAAAAAGAUACAGACAGGAAGAAAGUCUUGAACUCUUUGUAUUCAGUGACAAAGUUAGCCCUCCUAGCCUUGGAUUCUUAGCUGGCUAUGGUAUAAUGGGACUUUACGCCUCAGUUGUCCUGGUGAUAGGGAAGUUUGUCCGUGAGUUCUUCAGCGGGAUCUCUCACUCCAUCAUGUUUGAAGAACUACCAAACGUGGACCGUAUUUUGAAAUUGUGUACUGACAUUUUCUUAGUAAGAGAGACUGGAGAACUGGAACUAGAGGAAGAUCUGUACGCCAAAUUAAUAUUCCUGUACCGCUCACCAGAGACGAUGAUCAAAUGGACUAGGGAAAAAACUAAUUGAUCUCUUUGGAGUCACACUGCAAAUCAAGUUGACUUCAUCUGAAUUUUAAAAAAGCACAAUAUUCUCAUAAGAGCUAAGCCUUUUAUAGUUAGGUAGCAAUGAUUUUUCACUGAUUGAGUCCAGGAAGCUACUUCCUUAGGAAUCCAUGCUGCCUUUCAAAUUAAGGAUUAAUGGUGAAGAAGAUUGGUUUGAUUUUUUUUUUAAAUGCCCACUCCUCUAAAAUCAGGGGACCUUGCUUUGUAAUUUAAUCAACCAAAUGUUCUGCAUCCUUGACUGGGAUGUUAAUCUUCCGGACGUUACAUUUCUACCAUUAAAGAAAAAGGAAAGAAAGAAACGAUCCCUUAGAUGACUUCACUGGACCUUUUCUGGAGCGAUACAGUUUGUGCAAUAUGCUGUUGUACGUCACUGACUUUCAAGAUACAGUAAUGGGAAUCUGACUAGCUUCAGGAAAACAAUGCCAAAAGGCCAUAGUGCGAGCUGAAGAGAUGCUAGCCAUAUCCAUUUUUAGAAAAGCAGAGGUUUUGAUGUACCGAAGACUCUUUGGACAACCCUCUGUAAGCAAAAAGAAAACAAGUGACAAUCUCUUUAAUUACUUUAUUUUAUUUGUACAGUCCCAGGAGACAUUUCCAUGAAACAUCAAUGACUUUUCUCAGGAAAAAAAACUUGGUUUUAGCACUUAGUUAAACCUUAAUGAAUUAUGGAGUAUUGGGAUGUUCUGCUGGGCUAUCUUCCCACAAUUACUGCUUUCCUUUAGACAAAGAAAAACCAACUGAAUGACUAAGGAGCUGUUUCACUUCUUAUAUCUCUUUGAAGACUGAAUAGUGUGUGCUACUCUGUGCUUCCCCACUACAUGCUUUUCCCGCCAUUUUGAUGAUUUAAGGCAAUGGUUUUGUUAUCUGAUAUUCUCCUUCCAGUGUUUCAGGUAUACAAAAAUGUUUACAUAUUCCAAUUUACAUUUUUACAUCCGAGACGGGUUUUUUAAGUUCCCAAAUAUAGAAGUACAUAUGAGCUUGAAAAAUGGCCUUUUCUUAAAUUACUAUUGUUGGUGACACAAACGGUUCAUUAGAGAACAUUCUAGCAUGAAAAUUUAUGAUUGCAAUGUAGGUUUAAUUCCAUGUUAAAAAAAUGCAAUUUCUGAAAAACAAAAUCAUUGAGUGGGUAGGGUAUGUUAAAAGGUUAUACUGUGUAGUUUUGAUUCAGUAAUGACUUAAAAUAAAGCACAUGAUGCAAAGUCA